GAGUAACACCUGUGAUGAAUAGUGGAAAUAUCAACGUUUCGUGAUCAUGAUUAAUUUAUUGAUUCGAAUUUCAAAGAAGAAAAACUGCAUGGUUUGAAACUUAAAAAAGUUAUAUCCUUUAUAUUUGAUACGAGAACCAAGAAUCUCUCAACAAAUGAAUCUCAGAGGUUAAGCGGACAUUCAUCGAUUAAUGUUGACUACGCAAAAUAUGGGCACAGUGAUAAUUUGCAAUUAAAUAUUGACCUGCCACUUCAAACUGACAACACAAUGGACAACCUGUCAGAUUCAUUCCGAGGGGAGCUGGAUUCCGUGACCUCAACGGAUUCUCUCCAACUGAUCACCGACGAAUUUCAUCUGCGUCAUUUGUCCACGCCCGAUGUCUCGAACAUCGAGCUGUCCAAGCGAGUGGCUCUGUUGGAAUUGGAGAACGAGCGACUGCGGGUUGACUUGGAGAACACGCGGAUCGAUCUGAACGCCCGGAUCGCCGCGAAUCAAGGUCUCAAGGGCAAGAUAACCGAGCUGUUCGUGGAGAUGCAGACGGUGCUGCAGGAUAAGCAGAAACUGCAAAAUACUCUAACCGACACCAAUAAUCGGUUGUCUGCCGCGGACACCUCCGCGAAGUGGUAUCAGUCACAGGUUCACAUCCUGAUGGCUAGCAAGAAGAGUCUGCAGGUAGAGAUAGACACAUACCAGAAUAUACUAAAGCAACGCCAACACGCGAUAGCGGAUAUAAAUGCCAAUUACAAGAAACUGAGCAUCGAGUACACCGAGCUCGCGCAGCAGUAUCAAAAGGAGAAGCAAGAAAUGCAGGAUGCGAUGAAGGAUUUACAAUCGCACAUUCAAUCUAUCAGCACGGUACAGGAUGCGUUAGACGGAAACUCGACUAGCAGUCCGGCAGACGUGUCCAUGAUGUUGGAAGCAACCGAGGACGAAUUGCGAAACGCUAAGACCGAGCUGAAAACGCUGGAGCAACGUUUGUUGAGCAACGAGAUGGCCAGAAUGUCAAUGGAGAAUAUGCUAAGCAAGCAACGCAUCCUGAUCUCGUCUAUGGAGGAGAACAUGCAAAAGUCCGAAACGGAGAAAAACGAGACCGCCGACCUGUUACGAAAAACGCAGUUUAAGAUGGAGAAGCUGAGGUCCGAGAAUGAGACGCUGCAGACCUCGUUAUUAGCAUCCAAACAGGAGCAAAGUCAAGUGGAAGAUGCAAUAUCUCAUCUGAGACUGCAGUUGACUAAAAUGAUCGCGCAGUACAAACUGUUGAAAUCCAAAAACGCGGAAUACGAGGAGAAAUUGAGUGCCAUGCAGGAUCUCGUGAAUGAGAAUAAACGUUUGAAGACUUUAUCGUACAAAGCGAACAGUGCUCUGCUUAAAAAACUUAGAGAGGAGAAGGCUAAAAUAAAGAAUUUGGAACGGAAAGUCUACUGCAAGCAGACGAAUGAUCAUCUUGACAAAAUGAAAAACAUUAAAUCAGAACAUUCUUUGCGAGAAUACCUGAAACAAGUUCUGUUCAAAAACAAGGAUUUACAAGAUCAACUAAAAUCGAUAACUAGAAUAGCCGACGAAAGUAUUGAUGAGGGAUACGGUGACAGCAACAGUAUUAAUACUUCCACGAUUUCACUGGACAUACCAUCACCGCCUCCCGUAAAUUUAGUAUUACUGAACAAUGCUGUCGAUGUUCUCGCGAGGAGUAAAGAUUUUGGUUCGUCGAUGCAAGAGGAGCUAAACAUACUUCGAUCAAAGAUGGAAACGCUUCGAAAUCAAUGCAACAUGUUGAACCAGCAAAAAGAUAAUUCCAAUGUUAAUGACAUGACUCCUCCAAGAAAUUCUAUAUAAUUCAAAAGGCUUAUUUCUUGUUCGAAAACAUGCGAAUAGAAUGUAGCCUUAGUGAAUAAUCAUACAUUAAUUUUACACGAUAUAUUUAUAUAUAUCGUAUAUUUAAUUGAAUUUAAUUUUAGGAUUAUAUAUAUGUGGCAAAUUAAAUAAUAGGUAUUACUAUGUGCUAAACAGAUGUUUAGAUAAUAGGUCCAAUGAUAGUAUUCAUUGAAGUAUGUAAGAGAAGGUUGUAAAAUGACAUUAAUAUUUAUUUGUUAUUUUUUGGACAUAUUAUAUAUAACUGUUAUUUAUCAUAUAUAUUUAUUCCCACUUUUGUAUUCGACAUACUCUGUUAUAAUAUUGAAAUUGGUUAAAAAAUGCGACUAGGUAAUGGAAGAAAUCUAUCUACAUUAUUUUGCAAAUGAGUAUAAAUGUAAAUGGUAAUACUUAUCGUAAUCACAAAUCUGCGUAAAAGUGCCGCGCACACAAUAUAGUUGUGUAUUAUAUAAUAUAAUGCUUAUUAUUCUAUUCUAAUAUAUGAAACGUGGCUGUAAUACAAAUGUCAGUAUUGCGAAAUAUGACGUGGAGUAUUUAUGUUAUCGUUAUCAAAGAGAAAUUUUAAAGAGACAUUAUAAUUUUCGGAAAGAAACUUCUGUGAAGAUGUACGCGACCUGUACGAAUAUUUUCUUAUUAAAAAAUGAAAUAUGCAGAAUAAAUAAGAUGUGUGAGACAAUACGUUGUCUUAUCUAUGUACUUAUACUUAACAAAUGGAGAGAAGAAUACUAUAAAUAUUCUUUUGCAUUUCGCAACAGCAUUUAAAGAAGCGCAAUACAGUUGCUGAUCUUCCAAACUUUAAGCUUAAAAAUCCACUCGACACUCACUAUGAAAACAAAUCAUAAAAAUGUUAAUUACAUCGAUCCCAUUUAACAAUAGAUAUAUAAUUACAUAUAUAAUAUUUAUGUAUUGUAACAGCGUUAGGGGAUAUUACUGUGAAAUAAUCAUUUCGACUUUGUAUUGUAUAGUUUUCAUAAUUCUGUGCGAAUAACCGCACGGAAAAUACGUCGACAGAGAUUUAAAUAUAUCUAUAUAUGUUAUUAGAAGA